AUUACCCCUUAAGUUCUUCUUUAGUUAUGUGUCUUAUUUCUCUCAUCUGAAUCCACUAUCAGCCCCAAAUAUGGGAAUUGAAACUUUGAACGGUGCGAAUUAUUCUUCAUGGAAAGAUUCACUGAUGCUAACUCUUGGCAUGUUGGAUUUUGAUUAUGCACUGAGAGAGCCUGCCCCUCUUGCCCUCACUGAUAAAAGUACUGCUGAAGAUAAAAUAGUACAUGAGAGAUGGGAAAGGUGCAACAGAAUGGCUCUUAUGCUCAUCAAAAAUUCUAUCAGCAUAAUCAUCAGGGGAGCUAUUCCAGAUUCAUCUAAUGCUAAAACAUAUCUGGCUUCCGUGGAGGAACAAUUCAAAGCAACUUCUAAGGCACAUGCUAGUACUCUUAUUUUGAAGAUGGUGACUACUAAAUACGACGGGAAAAGCGGCAUUCGUGAGCACAUCAUGAUGAUGAACGACAUGGCCCGUAAGCUUAAGGGUUUAGACAUGGAGAUCAGUGAAGGUUUUUUGGUGCACUUCAUCAUGACUUCUCUUCCUGCAUCUUUUGAAGCUUUUAAGGUCAACUACAACACCCAGAAGGUCAAGUGGUCGAUGAAUGAGUUGAUUGCUAUGUGUGUACAAGAAGAAGAGCGUCUGAAGCUGGACAAACCGGAUGUGGCUUACCUCAUGACCGCUAAUCCAAAGAAGAGGAAGGGCAAUGUCGAUAAGAAGGAAGUUUCUAAAGUCCAGAAACGUGAUGCAAGUGCUUCAUCCAGCUCUAAGAACUCCAAAGGGAAGUCUUACUGCAAGUUCCGCCGCAAGGAAGGACAUAGACAAAAAGACUGCCAAGACUUUAAGGAGUGGCCGACGAAGAAAGGGAUUCCUUACAAUCCAGAAGCUGGAAAGAAACCGAAGAACACUUAAGCUGGGGAAUGGAACAGAACUAGCUAUCGAAGCUAUGGGAACCUUAGAAUUAAUAAUGAAAACUGGUUUAUGUA